GGAACAGAUAGGAGGCGAGACAAAGAUGUGCGGUCAGGCGCGAAUGUUCGGGCUCCUCUGCGUUAUCCUGUUGUUGCAGCAGGGUAACACGUUGGCGGGCAGCGAGAUCUACAGCAAGAUGUUCUCCAGCCAGCAGCACCCGUCGGAUCCUUGUUACGACGAGGACAGGCCUCGCCGUUGUAUCCCGGACUUCGUGAACGCGGCGUUCGGUGCCGUCGUGGAGGCCUCGUCGACCUGCGGUACCGGGGGUCCUACCAGGUACUGUGACGUAACGGAACAACCGGGUGGCGGCACGGGAAUAGGUCAGUGCCACAUCUGCGACGACAGCACUCCCCGACGCCGAUUUCCCGCGAGUUACCUGACGGACCUGAACAACUCGAACAAUGUGACCUGCUGGCGCAGCGAGCCGCUGGUCACGUCGCAGAGCUUCUCCGCGCCGCCAGACAACGUGACCUUGACCCUGUCGCUAGGAAAGAAGUACGAGCUGACCUACGUGAGCCUGCAGUUCUGCCCGAAGGCCGCUAAACCCGACUCGAUCGCGAUUUACAAGUCGAUGGACUACGGGAAGACGUGGCAGCCGUUCCAGUUCUACUCGUCCCAGUGUCGUCGGGUGUAUGGCCGGCCUAAUCGGGCGACCAUCACGAAGGCCAACGAGCAGGAGGCGAGAUGCACGGACAGCCAUCGAUACACGGGCGGUGACGGCCUCGGGCCCGUCGGCAGGAUCGCCUUCAGCACCUUGGAGGGUCGUCCGUCGGCCUCCGACUUCGACAACUCGCCCGUUCUGCAGGAUUGGGUUACCGCCACCGACGUCCGCGUCGUUUUCAAUCGACUGCAUAUGCCGCAGCAGCCCCCCCAGGAACAAGUCCCCCCUUUGGGCAGCGACGACGACCACGGCCUCGGUCUUGAGGAGCUGGCCAAACGCGAGAGGGAACGGGAGGAACGGCUGAAGAGUCAAAAGAGUUUGGGCCGGGGAGCCGUUGAUCCUCUGGCGACCGCUUUGCCCUCUGUGCAUCAGGUGAUCGCUCCUCAGGAGAUGCAGUCGAACGACGCCGUGGAAGGCGAGCUUAAUUUCGCCGUUACCGUGUCCACGUCGACCAGUACCAUCUCCAGUGCCGGGACCAGCACGUUCGCCCAUCAUUACGCCGUUUCGGACUUCGCCGUCGGAGGCAGGUGCAAAUGCAACGGACACGCGGCGAGGUGCAUCCCAGGCAAGGACGGCGAGGUCGCUUGCGAGUGCAGGCACAACACCGCCGGCAGAGACUGCGAGAGGUGUCGGCCGUUCCACUUCGAUCGACCCUGGGCACGAGCCACUGCCAGAGAUGCCAACGAAUGCAAAGUGUGCAACUGCAACCUUCACGCGAGAAAGUGCAGAUUCAACAUGGAACUGUACAAGCUGUCGGGACGUGUCAGCGGAGGCGUUUGUCUGCAAUGCCGGCAUUUUACGGCAGGAAGACACUGUCAUUAUUGUCGAGAAGGUUACUACAGGGACCCGGCGAGACCGAUCACGCAUCGUAAGGCCUGCAAACAAAGACCAAAGAAGACGACACUGUUCCCUAUGGAUAAGAAUUUCCAGAUUAAUGGACCGUGUGACUGUCACCCAAUUGGAGCUUCCGGAAAAACUUGUAACCAAAGUACCGGCCAAUGUCCCUGUAAAGACGGCGUAACCGGUACAACUUGUAACAGAUGUGCCAGAGGUUACCAACAAAGUAGAUCUCACAUUGCACCUUGCAUUAAAAUACCGAGGGUUGUGCAGACCCAAGGUACGGCCGGUGAAGAGAGCGGAGAACACGAAGACGACGACGACGAACGUGGUUACGAUGGACGAGCCGAUCAGUGUGGAAAAUGUCGAGCCAGCACUAAAAGAUUAAACUUAAACAAAUACUGCAAAAGAGACUAUGCUAUCCUGGGUAGAAUAACAGACAGGCACAAAAAGAACGACGGUUCUCCGGCUGGGACAAGCGUGUCCGGUUCAGUUUGGAUACGUUUCACCUUAGACGUUAACUUCAUUUAUAAGAAGUCUUCGAACUCGAGGAUUCGUCGUGGUGACGUAUUUCUUUACGUACACUCGGCUGAUUUAGCCUGCAGAUGCCCCAAAAUCAAGCCAAAUAAGUCAUACUUGAUACUUGGCCAAGAGAGUGACGGCGGGGGUCAAGGUGGACUGACAGUAACGCAGAGGUCGAUCGUGAUCGAGUGGCGCGACGAGUGGCAUCGCCGAAUGCGACGCUUCCAACGAAGGGCGAGAUCGUGCCAUUGAACUAAUAAUUCCCGCCUGAACCCAAGGAAAUAUAGACGGAGAAAGAAGGGAAAUGGGAGAGGACAAGUAAAAGAGAGAUAGGGAAAAAGAAAUAGAAGUUAAAACCUUUGAAGACAACUCGUACUCUCGUAGGAAGGUUGCACCGUUCAUUUUCAAGCUGCCAAUAGCUGCUGUAUCUACUCGCAUACCUACAUCUAGGUUUGUUUUUUCGCACGGAAUACUCGACGACGUCCUAAGAUUAACGAUAAGUAAUAAAGUAAACGGCAUACGAAGUGAAAUGCAAGUGAGAACUCAACUAGUAUACACAGAGAAUUAUUCAGGAGAACUGAAUUCGAUGUCGUGUACAAGUGACACCUCAUUUAUUGCGACUGAAAGACAUCAUUUGAAUAAUAAUCGAGUAUAUAAGGAUCUGUAGGAUGCAUCUAUAUAGAAGAAGAUCUUGUUAAUCAAAUAUUAUAUUGUGUCGAAUGCAUGAUUUCAAAUCUUGAAAAGUUAUGAUGUAAAGAUGUCAAGAAUUUACUCUUAUGGUAUAUCUAUGUAAAGCUUAAAGAUCCAUGAAAAUUUUUGCACAGAAUUAUUGUAUAAGCUUUGUUAAUAUUCUUCAUAUGAAAUGACUUUUUACUUGUAGCAAACAAUGUUCUUGUACUAUAUCACAUAUACAGUUGGCCUUAAAAGUCAGAGAUAAUAUCAUGACAUAAAAAUGUUGUACCAUUUGUGACACAUCAAUUUAAAGCUUAAAGAUUUACCAAAGUUGCUACAUGAAGGCUUCAUUAACAUUUUUCAUAUAACAUGGCUGAUAUUCACUUGUUCAAUGUUUUUGUAUUAUAUCAAAUAUACAGUUUAAAAACCUAAAAAGUCAAAAACAAUUUCAUGACAUAAAAGUAUCUCAAAGUACUGCUUAUGAUGUACCAAAUUAAAGCUAGAAAUUCAACAAAAAUAACAAUAUAAGUUUUGUUAAUGUUCUCAGUAUCAAUCAUUUUUCUUUGGGGCAAAUAAUGAAUGUACCCAUCUAUAGCUAGUAUUCUCCAUUAUUAAAUAUCUAAUUCUCGAUCAUCUAUCUUUAAAAAUAAUAAAGAUAUCGAUGAGUCGUUUAUGCAAACGCAUUCUUCCAGUUUUAAGCUUUAAAUUGAUAUAUUUUAAGUACCAUUUUGCAACAUUUUUAUGUCAAAAUUAUAUUAGACUCUACAUGUUUCAAAUUGGUCAUGGUUUGCAGUUACUAACCACUUGUCAUGUUUUAUAAAGAAUAUUAACGUGAUGUUCAUUUAGUUUUCUUCACAUUUUGCACUUGAAACCAAUAUACCAAUAUCUUUAUAUCAUAAAAUUAACUUUGUAUGACUUGGUAUAAUUCAAUCUGAUACAUUUUAUUUUUGUCUGACAUUUUAAACUUACUAAUGUCUUGUUUACUUUAAUUAAAUAACAUUUUAGAAAUUAUUUCUAAUAAUUUCACUCUAUUAUUGGAUUUAUUUUAAUGUUUAUCAGUCACUCAAAACAAAAUGUAAAAAAACAUUUAGUAUCAUUUUCAAUCAAACAUGUCAUUGUUUAUUAGAGGUUUUCCUAAUAUUGCAAUUUAUGAAAACGCUUAUAAUAGCAUUUAUAAGGAAAUGAGGUAUAUUGAAGCAAAAAUUUACGCACAAAGCCAACUUUUUAACAGUAUGCGUAUUUUAAGCAAAAAAAUAAUAAAUGCAUAUACUUUAAACAAUUAAUUUGAUACUACAAGUUUUGCGGAAAUAUAAUUAAAUAUGCAAAUAAUAUUUGAUUAAUUAAUAACAAAAUAUUACUAAGAAUCAUUGUAUUAAACUAACUAUGCCAAAAUUUGAUCUGCUAAUUUCAUUUUAAAAACAAAUAUGUGCCAAACUUUUUAAACUAAUCUUUUUAUAUGUGUCUGUUAACAAUGAACUUUUGUAAUUAUUACAAACAAUUCAAAAUCAUUGUAUACAUCAUUUUGUAGAACUUUCUUAAAUAUAAUAUAACUUUAAUUAGUAUAGAAUUUUUUAAAACGAGAAUAUCGAAGUCCUACCUGUUUCUUCUAUAUAGAAGUAAUAUUCGUCACUCUUGCAAAAAAUUCCUCGUGUCCUUCAACAUCUUAAAAAACACAUUUGUCUAAAUUAAAAGAAUAACUGUACAUUAAACAUACAGAUUUCCCACGUGCAUUUCAUCAAACCAAAAAAAAAGCAAAUAAAUGCAAUAUCUUGUAUUAAAAUUAGAUUUAGAAUUAAUAUCGAUAUACAUAUACAUUUCCUAUGGAUUUAUAAACUAUACUUCUUUUUUAUUGAUCGUAUAUAAGAGAAGAGCAAACGAAAAAGAUUGCGUUUUAUAAAUAUACGAUUCUCGAAUUGAUUUUAUAUACGUGUUCAAAGUGUGUCGCGACUUAAACGGCAGCGUUGUACUCCAUUUUUGCAUAACAAAAUAUGUCACAAUUUUUAUUAGCCCCUUUUGCUCAAAAAAAAACAAAUAUGAAUAUAUUCCAUUAAAUGUAUUAAUACGAAUCAAAUGUGCAGUAUUGGAUAGCGGAUUAGAAUUAGUUGUAUCGCAUAUCAGUUGUAACUAACGUUUCGUACAAAAUAUUGUAAUUUUUAUUUUGUUACUACUGGUAUGUUGCAAAUUUAAUUGUACAAUUCGAUAACGUGUGUUGUUGAAAUUUUUUAAUCAAAUUCGAGAGGAAAGCUUUUGUUUCUUUAAAAAAUAUUCGCACCAUGUUAACGAAUAACGUUGCAAUUCAAUUACACAAAUAUUAUUCAGUAACUCUGAAUAUUUAUUUAAUGAAUUGUUCCUGAAAAUUUGCAAUAUUCCAUCUCUCUUAUUACAGUUAGACAUUUUACAAAGUUUGUAAAUGGUACGGUCUUUUCCCAAUGCCACAAGGCUUCCCAUCUUUCUUCUUUUCUUCCCCCCACCCCGCCAUUUUUUUUUUAUUUAUUUAUUCUCCUCUCAUUCGAUCAUCGCGAAUCGAGCACAUUUAUAAAGAUAUACGCGUACGUUGAAUGUAGAUUUUCUUGUACAUUUUCUAUAUAAAUUAUUAAGAUUCUUUUUUUUCUAGUUGAUAUUAUUACUAGUAGUAUUAUUAUCGGUAGUAGUAGCGAUAGAUGAUAGAAGUAGCGAUUAUCGAAGAAAUAUAGAGGCUAAGCUCGAAAUGUGUCGAAAUAUUAAUGAUACGCAAAAAAUUUCAUCGUUUUUCAAACAAUUUUUUAACAUAAUAAUGAACAAAGAUAUAAAAAUAUUUGUUCUCUUAUACAAAUAUAGUUAUCAAUGAAUUGUCUGUAAAUUCAAUAUUUGUUGCUAUUUUGUACACUUACCAAUGUAAAUGUCAUUAUAAAAAACAAGGAAAAGUAUAUCAUCUUAAUAUGAUUUUUAGGUCAUUAUUAACUAAAUACUUCCACUGUAUAAAAGUAUUAAGUAAGAAAGUGCUAAUUUUACAAAUCUUGAUUAUAUUAUGAUUUUUCUUAGGUUUACAC